GCCGCCGAGGCCGGUCCCGGCUUUGUAGUUCGCUCAAGAUGGCGGCGCAGCAGCCCAGCGGGAUCCGCCUCAGCGCGCUCUGCCCGAAGUUUUUACAUACAAAUUCUACUAGUCACACUUGGCCAUUUAGUGCAGUUGCUGAAUUGAUAGAUAAUGCGUAUGAUCCUGAUGUGAAUGCUAAACAGAUAUGGAUUGACAAGACAGUAAUAAAUGGCCGUAUAUGCUUGACAUUCACCGAUAAUGGGAAUGGUAUGACUUCCGAUAAAUUACAUAAAAUGUUAAGCUUUGGCUUCAGUGACAAAGUCACCAUGAAUGGUCAUGUCCCAGUUGGAUUGUAUGGAAAUGGCUUCAAAUCGGGUUCUAUGCGAUUGGGAAAAGAUGCCAUUGUUUUCACCAAAAAUGGAGAAAGCAUGAGCGUGGGUUUCUUGUCUCAGACCUACUUGGAAGUAAUUAAAGCAGAGCAUGUUGUUGUCCCAAUAGUGGCAUUCAACAAUCACCGACAGAUGAUUAAUUUAACAGAAUCCAAAGCAAGCCUUGCUGCAAUUCUGGAACAUUCUCUGUUUUCUACGGAGCAGAAAUUAUUGGCAGAACUCGAUGCUAUUAUGGGAAAGAAGGGGACAAGGAUCAUCAUCUGGAAUCUUAGAAGCUAUAAAAAUGGAGCAACAGAAUUUGAUUUUGAUAAGGAUAAAUAUGACAUCAGAAUUCCUGAGGAUUUAGAUGACACUUCAGGGAAGAAAGGGUAUAAGAAGCAAGAAAGGAUGGAUCAAAUUGCCCCGGAGAGUGACUACUCUCUCAGGGCCUACUGCAGUAUAUUAUAUCUAAAGCCAAGAAUGCAGAUUGUCUUACGUGGCCAGAAAGUGAAAACACAGCUAGUUUCGAAGAGUCUUGCUUACAUUGAACGAGAUGUUUAUCGGCCCAAGUUCUUGACUAGAACAGUGAGAAUUACAUUUGGAUUCAACUGCAGAAAUAAAGAUCAUUAUGGGAUUAUGAUGUAUCACAGGAAUAGACUUAUCAAAGCUUAUGAAAAAGUUGGAUGCCAGCUAAGGGCAAAUAACAUGGGUGUUGGAGUAGUUGGAAUUAUAGAGUGUAAUUUCCUAAAGCCAACUCAUAAUAAACAAGAUUUUGACUAUACUAAUGAAUAUAGGCUUACAAUAACAGCACUAGGAGAUAAGCUUAAUGAUUAUUGGAAUGAAAUGAAAGUCAAGAAAAAUUCAGAAUACCAUCUAAAUUUGCCAGUUGAAGAUAUACAGAAGCGCCCUGAUCAGACUUGGGUUCAAUGUGAUUCCUGUCUCAAAUGGCGGAAGUUACCAGAUGGGAUAGAUCAACUUCCUGAAAAAUGGUAUUGCUCCAAUAACCCUGACCCACAGUUCAGAAAUUGUGAUGUUCCAGAAGAGCCGGAAGAUGAGGAUUUGGUACAUCCCACUUAUGAAAAAACCUACAAAAAGAAAGACAAGGAAAAAUUCAGGAUCAGACAACCGGAAAUCAUUCCUCGGAUUAAUGCUGAAUUGUUGUUUCGGACAACCCCCGUUUCGAGUCCAAGCUUUUCUUCUAUGAAGGAAAGUGUUUCAAGAGGACAUCUCUCAGAAGUGGCAAAUACUUACACAGCAAGACUUGUAAAUAACAACCGUGUUUCACCCCAGUCUGAACCUGAGAGCAAUAGCUUGAAACGGAGACUUUCUGUUCGUUCCUCAAUUUUGAAUGUAAAGAAUCGGAGAUUGAGUAGUCAAACAUUUGAAAAUUCCACUUACAGAGAUGAUGAUGAAGAUGUCAUCAUCUUGGAAGAAAACAGCACUCCAAAGCCUGCUGUCGAACAUGAUAAUGAAAUGAAAUCAGAACAAAUUCACGUAGAACAAAGUAGUGCUGAGGUACAGAUUGUGAACAAUAAUGAACUGUGUCGCCAGACUAGUUCAACUAGCACCGUAUCUUCCAGGUGUGAUCAAGGAACCACUACAGCCACUCAGACUGAAGUGCCAAAAUUGGUUGUUAAAAAGGAAGAAACAAUUGAAGAUGAGAUAGAUGCACGGAAUGAUCCAGCUGUGCUGGCACCCUGUAGGGAAACUGAAGCCAAGAUACGGGAACCUAUUGAUAAGUCUGCCGGCGAUCCUGGUUGCCAGCUAAAUGAAGUGAGAAACGAGCUACUUCUAGUCACCCAAGAAAAGGAGAAUUAUAAAAGACAGUGCCGUACACUUACUGACCAGAUGAAAGUAUUAGAACAGAGGAUACUAGAAAUGAAUGACAAAUAUGUGAAGAAGGAGACAUGCCAUCAAUCUACUGAAACUGAUGCUGUGUUUUUACUUCAAAGUAUUAAUGGUAAAUCUGAAAGUCCAGACUACAUGGCAUCUCAGUAUCAGCAAGCUUUAGAAGAAAUAGAAAGGCUGAAAACACAGUGUAAUGCGUUGCAACAUGUGAAGGCGGAAUGCAACCAGUGUUUGAAUAGUGAGACUAAAAGUGAAAUGGAUGACAUGGCUGUGCAGCUUGAUGAUGUAUUUAGACAGCUGGACAAAUGCAGUAUUGAGAGGGACCAGUAUAAAAGUGAGGUUGAAUUAUUGGAAAUGGAAAAAUCCCAAAUCCGUUUACAGUGUGAAGAACUCAAAACUGAAGUGGAACAGUUAAAAUCUACAAGUCAACAGAUAGGAACAGUCUCAACUUCAAGUAAUAUUGAGGAAUCUAUAAAUUAUGCUGAUGGAGAAAGCCUUAAACUUCGAUCUCUUCGUGUCAAUGUGGGACAGCUGUUGGCCAUGAUUGUGCCUGAUCUAGAUCUUCAACAAGUGAAUUAUGAUGUUGAUGUAGUGGAUGAAAUUUUAGGGCAAGUUGUUGAACAAAUGAGUGAAAUCAGUAGUACUUAAUACAUUUGAUUAUUUGAGAUGAUAAAAAUUUGCUCAGUGCUUUUGAUUGUACAGCUUUCAAAAUGUAAACAAUGUUGUUUUAUGGCUAUAAUAGGUAAAAGACUGAAGAACCAUAAUCUUUGCAAUAUGCAGUCAAAGUGUGUUGAAUUCUAUGCAUUCACGUGUGACCACAAAUACUGUGGACGCAUUAUCAUACCUUUGAAAAGAACUUGAGUAUUGUUGGUAUUGAUUUGCUGAGUAUCUGACUCUAGGUUCUGUUUUGAGAUGUAAAUAUUUGUAAUUAAGUCUGCACAUAUUUUUUAGUACUGUGAGGAAAGGAGGAAAGGAUGGCAGUGUUGUUCACAAGAGCUUUUCAGGUUGCCCCCAGCCUUUGGAGUCUUUCCUGGCUCCUCAGAGUGUUUUUGCUCCGAAUGGAGGGCUGUGCCAUACUACUACACAAGGGAGACGUCACUUUUAAUUUUUCCUCCUCAGAAAAAAGCUUCAAUGGGACUUUAGGAAAAUGUCAUAGCAAUCCUGAGAAGAUUUAGCUGUGAGUGACUUCAGCAUUAAUGUUUCUUUUGUAUUAAUUCCUGUCUCCUAAGAGAUUUUUAGUCACGAAAACAAAGAAGCUAAAACUGACUCUAGGUUGCCAGGGCUUCCUUGUGCUGAGAUUGCCAAUCAUGGUUAAAUGCAAAGUGUUUUAUAUGGUCUUAGUGUAAAAUAAAAUUAUUCAUUAUAUUAACUGUACCAUCAAGUUUACUUUGAACCCCAUGUUUGGCUGCGUUGUCAGCAUCGGGUGGGCACAAUACUUUAAAAAUAUUUCUUCCUGUGAAAUUUCCUGUACAGCCUUUUGUUGGACUACUACAGGCUAGUGUGAGUUGAGGAAGACAAUCUUUCUCAAAAAAUAUAUUAUACUUUUUAUUAUAUUACAGAUGUAAGUGUUUUAUCCUGGAGUUAGAGCCACAACCAGCCCUAGGAUUAUAGUAUUACAUGACAUAAAAGAUCAUGCUUAAUUGACCACAUGUUUUGUGCAAUUUGAAAGAGAUGGCUUUCUAGUGUAUAAGUAUGUGUAUAUAUAAUUAAAAAUCAUAUUUUCCACAAUGAAAUGUGCAUUAUUUUUUCAAAGUUUUAUCAUUGUUAUUUAUUAUUCCUUUUGUUUCUGAACAUUCAAUACUUGUUCAUUUUCUAUGUAUGCUUAAUUACAUGUCACAUGCAAUAUUAAAUUUUUACUGUAUAUUAACUUCUGGAUGAGCAAAUAAAUCAAUUGUUUUUUAUUUGCUUGGUAAAAUAAUUGAAAGUGUAUUUUUCGUAUGAAGCUGAUUUUCUGUCACAAUUGUAUCUGCCCAAAUUUUAAAAUAUCUUGUAAUAAAAAAAUGAUGCCUACUUUUCCAGAUAUCACUUCAAAAAAUAUAAUAUAUUAUAUAUUAACUGUAUUUUAAAACUAAUUUGAGAACCUCUUUUUUUCUAACCUUUUAUUGUGAAUCAGGUGGGAGUUUACCUAUCGGCUCACUUUUGCAUUCAACAACCUGUCAUACCUCUCGAUGGUUUAUCUUGCCUAGACAACCACCCCCCCACAAUCUUCUUGUAUUGGAUAUUGUCUUCCCCAUCACCCAAGUUAACAGCUGGCAAUCCUCUAACAUAUUGCUUUCUCUUCCCACUCUGGGAACUACCAGAGUCUGUUUCUUUGGGAAUGAAAAACUUUUAUCUUGACUUUUAAACAUAUAACUGGCCUCAUGCAUAAUUUGUUAUGGACUAACCUCCCUGAGCAUAGUGCCCUCAAUCUACCUGUGUCAUGAGGUGUUGCACAGGUUCAUUAUUACUCUUUUGGCAGUAUGUAGUGAUGGAAGUUUAUCUUUAUUUAUUUAUACCUCUUCAGUGACAGAAUGCUUAGAUGUAAGUUUAUUGAUGCUUUCUUCCACCAAUGGGCAUUUAGGUAUUUUCACCUUGCUCUUGGGAAUAAUACUGUGAUGAACAGAGAUGUGUAUAUAUCUACUGUGCUCUUUCUUUUUUAAAAGAUGUGUACCAAGUAGAAGGAUCGCCAACUCAAUAGUAUUUCUAUUCCCAGUUGUUUUGAGAGGAACCACCAUACUGCUUUCCACCAUGACUAUACUGUUUUACAUCCCCACCACCAGUGUGUGGGGUUUCCAAGAAAUUGAGCUGCUUCGAAGACCGUAAUGCUAUUUAUACUAAGGCUGAGCUUACCUUUCAGUAGAGUGAACAAGCAUGUGCAUAUGUGUAAGGAAGAAGAAACGGGCAUGCUUCAGAUGUGUGGAUAUUUAAAUUUAAGUAGUGAUUCUUUAUGCAAGGUGGACCUUUUCCCUUUUGGUGACCUUUAACAUCUUGCAAAAUCAUGAUUUUUUUAUAUGGCUAUUAGUGGAAAAACGAUUUACAGGUAAUAAGAGAAACAUGCUUGCUAAAUUGAUUCUUUCAAAGUAUGUAUUUUUAAUCCUUUAUCAGUAUGGGGCUUUGAAAUCUUAAGAAAUCUUCACAGGAAACCUUGGCAUUCUUGAUAUAUACAAUAUUUCGGGGGAGAGACCUGUUAAACUUUUCAAAAGGCUAGUACAGCAGAACGCUACCUUCAACUAGCAUUUAUUACUUAAACCACAAGGAGAGGUGAACCAGAAUAAUUCUUACAAAGUGGAUCAGAUUUCAUCAAGACCGAAAAUCUUAAUGAAAACCAAGUGACUGACUACUUUCACUGUCGAAAAAUGUCCGUACCAAAUUUUAAUUUUGAUGAUGUCCAAUUUAUUUUUUCUUAAAUUGCUCAUGGUUUGGCGUUUUACCUGUGAAUCAUUGCCAAAUACAGUAAUCCUAAAGAUUUCCUUUGACAAAUUGUAUAGUUAAGGCACACAUGUAAAAUUAUUGAUCUAUUUGGGGUUUUUGUGUAGAGUAUGAGGUAAUGAUGCAUCAUUCCUUUGCAUCUGAAACUCCAGUUGCCUGAACAUCAUUUCCCCAUGGAAUGGACUUGGAACCUUUUCAAAAAAACAGUUGGCUUUAGAUGUAAAUAUUUAAUUCUGGACUCUAGUUCUAUUCCAUCUGUCUAUAUGUUUAUCGAUAUACCAGUGCCACGUUUUGAUGACUACUUCUUUGUACUAACCCUUCAGAAUUUUCUUUUUUUUUUUUUCCCUUCAGAAUUUUCAAGCACAUUCUAGCCAUCAUAAUUAUAUCUAGUUUAUUAUCUCUAAAACAUAAAGUCCUUUUUUGAAGCCAAAAAUAACUGUUAUAUGCCUCUCGUAAAGUAAUAACUUUAUUAACAGGUGGAAUCUGUUCAAGUUUCUACGGUCAUUUCAUAAUUACCUUUCCAGGCAGUUCAUGUUGGAAUCUAAAUAAAAUUGACACAGUAUA